UAGCCCCGCCCCGGCCGACGAGCCCCGCGCGGGAGGCGGGAUGCCCCGCGGCAGCCGCACUUGGGCUCGCGCGCUGCCCUGAGCGGGCCGGCCCAGCCGCGGCGCCGCGGGCGCCAUGGAGCAGUGGCGGCAGUGCGGCCGCUGGCUCAUCGACUGCAAGGUCCUGCCGCCCAACCACCGCGUCGUGUGGCCCUCGGCCGUGGUCUUCGACCUGGCGCAGGCGCUGCGCGACGGGGUCCUCCUGUGCCAGCUGCUGCACAACCUCUGCCCCGGCUCCAUCGACCUAAAGGACAUCAACUUCCGGCCGCAGAUGUCCCAGUUCCUGUGUCUCAAGAACAUACGCACCUUCCUUAAAGUCUGCCACGACAAAUUCGGACUGAGAAACAGCGAGCUGUUCGACCCCUUUGACCUCUUCGACGUCCGAGACUUCGGAAAGGUCAUCUCUGCCGUGUCGCGACUGUCGCUGCACAGCGCCGCCCAGAACAAAGGGAUCAGGCCUUUUCCCUCGGAGGAGACCACCGAGAAUGACGAUGACGUCUACCGCAGCCUGGAGGAGCUGGCCGACGAGCAUGACCUGGGGGAGGACAUCUACGACUGCGUCCCGUGUGAGGACGGAGGGGACGACAUCUACGAGGACAUCAUCAAGGUGGAGGUGCAGCAGCCCAUGAAGAUGGGCAUGACCGAGGAUGACAAGAGGAGCUGCUGCUUGCUGGAGAUACAGGAGACCGAGGCCAAGUACUACCGGACGCUGGAGGACAUCGAGAAGGUGAGCGUGGGCCACCGGAUGGUGGCCACGGCUGCCUGA